UAAAAACUCGUCCCUACUCGCUCUCUCGUACAGAUACUACCAGGGGUUCCCUAACAAAGCAGCUAUCCGGCCUUUCCGGCACGAAACUCUGACACAGGUAGCUCUUCCAUCCAUGGAUUCGGCAGCUGUGGUAUCCUGCUCUCUUGUCCCCCUCUCCGUGACUUCGAGAGCAAAGCUCGGAGGCAGAACCUUCGCUGGGAGCUCUAAGCUUCGGACCCUGCCGUCCGUACAGUGCAAGGCCCUCGGCGACACCUCGCGGACUGUCUAUCAGGGCGUCUAUGGCCCCUGGACCGUCGACCCUUCCGACGUUAAAGAGGUGAUAUUGUACAGAUCGGGGCUAGUAACAGCUGCUUCGUCAUUCGUGAUCGCUUCUUCCACUGCCUUCUUACCCGAGAACUCUUGGUUCGGCGAGCAGCUCGGUCAGAACCUUGAUCUCUUCUAUUCCGUCGGAGCUGGCGGAUUGGGAUUAUCAUUACUGUUGAUUCACAUCUAUGUGACUGAGAUCAAACGCACCCUUCAAGCCUUUUGGGCCCUCGGUGUGAUCGGGUCUUUGGCGGCUUACACUUUCCUUGCCCAACCUGCGGGUGAGGGCUUAGUACAGUAUGUUGUUGAGAACCCAAUGGCUGUUUGGUUUGUUGGUCCUCUCUUCGCUGCUUUGACGGGACUUGUCUUCAAGGAAGGCCUUUGUUAUGGGAAGCUGGAAGCUGGCAUACUUACCUUCAUAAUACCGACAGUUCUUCUGGGGCAUUUGACUGGUUUGAUGGACAGCGGAUUGAAAAGCCUUCUGCUUGGCUCGUGGAUGGCUCUUUUUGUGAUAUUUGCCGGGAGAAAGUUCACUCAGCCUAUAAAGGAUGAUAUUGGUGAUAAAUCUGUCUUCACUUUCAAUUCCCUCCCCGAAGAUGAGAAGAAGGCUCUGAUCGAGAAGCUCGAGGAGCAGAAAUUGAAUCAGAAUAUGAGCUAAGGAAAGAGGUGACAUCUUCUUCUAGUUUUGACCCGAUAUGAAGCGAUAGAGUGUGUAUUGUAAGCACAACAGAGAGAGAACGGGAGGGAGGGAGGUUAAGCAGUUAUACCUUAUCUUGUAUAUACUGACAUUAGCAUAUAUUUCAGUUCUUUUCCACUGUUAAAUAAGACUUAUCAGAGCGGGAGUUCAAGUUUGUAAAAUUUUUGCUAUUCUGAAACUUUGCUUCAGAUAGGUAAAAGUUGCAAUGGAGUGAAGCACUUCUGCUUUUUUCUACAGUGUA